AUGGGUACCCCACCCACAAUUUUGAAAGAUAAUAAGGCAUUGGAUGAAGAGCCCCUGAUAGAAUCUAAUGUACAAGAAACACAGGAGAUACCGACAGAUUAUCAGAAUGUACAGGUUUUGAAUAUAGUUCAUGUGGAACCGACAGUAACAGAUACUGCACCAAGUGACGAAGCCACUAGUGCAAAAGAGCAAGUUAUUAAAGUUAAUCAAUCAUCAGAGGAUAAGGGAGAGGAAUCUGAGAAUAAUGGGUAUGAUACUAGGAGGAGUCUUAGUGGUGUUUGGAGCAUUGCGGCAGCUUCCAUGUGGGGAAUAGGAGCAGCCCAUAAGAAAAUGCUUGUGGGAACUACUGGAAUGGUCGCUUCUGUCAUUCUCUAUGUCUCUCCACUCUCAGAUAUUAGAACUGUAGUUAAGAGCAAGAGUGUGGACUGCAUGUCCUUCUACUUCUCAAUGUUUGCUUUCCUCUUUGAGCAGAGAUAUUAUUGUCAUGGUCGUAUAUUUGUAGUUGUACUGAAUAUUGGUGUGGUUGUGUGCUAUUCAGGAAGUGCAUUUGCUUUGCUCAUGUAUGGAGCACCACUGAGUAACUUUCGGGGAGUGAUGAGGAAGAAGACAACGGGGGAGAUGUCAGGGUUGCCAUAUGCAAUAGGCCUCUUAAACUGUCUCGUUUACACCUGGUAUGGCUCUCCUCUCAUCAGCAAUGGAUGGGAUAACGCUCUUGUCAUGGCUACCAACGCCAUAGGCCUUCUUCUUCAGUUUUUCUUCUGCGGCAUCUAUCUCCUCUUUGCUCCACCUAAACCCAAGAGAAUAAUGGGUAUGAUACUGGGAGGAGUCUUGGUGCUGUUUGCGAGCAUUGCAUCAGCUUCCAUGUGGGGAAUAGGAGCAACCCAUAAGAAAGUGCUUGUAGGAACUACUGGAAUGGUUGCCUCUGUCAUUCUCUAUGGUUCUCCACUCUCAGAUAUUAGAACUGUAGUUAAGAGCAAGAGUGUGGAGUGCAUGUCCUUCUACUUCUCAAUGUUUGCUUUCCUGGGCAGUGUGCUGUGGUUGGUGUAUGGUGCUUUGAGCAGAGAUAUUCUUAUCAUGGCUCCUAAUUUCCUUGGGAUACCACUGGCUUCGACCCAGAUGAUAAUAUACUGUGUUUAUAGCCAAAGGAGCCGAGCACGAGUUGAAGAUGUAAAAUCGAAAGCAUUGACUACUCUCUCAGAAGAAAUACCUAAAGGAAAGUGCACCAAACUUCCUCUCUUUCAAACUGACAUAGAAAUGCAGAUGGAGCAGAAGCAAACUAUGAACUAACUUCAAAAUAGAUACUCAACCCAUUCAAGAUCAGUGCCAUUGAUAUUGUUUAUUUUCAGGAUAUAAUGGAUUUACCUGCACCUUAAAACUUUAACGUCAUAUUGUUUUGCAUUCCGUCAUCUUGUUACCGUUUGUGUUACCAUCCCAUGGUGAAAAAAUAGCUUCUUUCCAUGCUUUCCUAUUUUAGUUUACAGCUGUAAAAACUAGCUGCCUGAUCAGGUCAAAGUGAU